AUGAAUUGGCCUGGCAAAGCGUCUUACGAGUUACGAAGCAAAGUCGAUACCGCCUUGUCUUACGCUGCAGCCACUGGGGAUCUUAGGAACUGGGGCUUUGAGUGCGACGAGGACGACCACACAGUCGACGUCAACAAGCUUUUCAAACUGUUUCUCGAUCCCCGGUACGUCGACCUCUCUGGUUUUGCGCCGGCGCACGGAGAAGCGCAGCAAUGGUAUUGCGACUAUCUUGCGUGUCUAUACCACUGCAUUAUGCGAUUCCUUUCUGAGCGCGUCGGCCACUUCAGCUCCAAGAAGAUAGAGUUCGUAUUUUCCGUGCCCACGACCUGGAAAGACCCUGGAAUGAUGGCAGACAUUGAGCGCUUGAUCGGCAGGGCAGGCUACGGCAAGCUGACAAACCAUAAAUUCGUUAUUACUCUUACAGAGGCAGAAGCAGCUGCCGUGUACGCCUCCAAGCAACAGCUGCAGCGCGGCGAUGUCUUUCUGGUUGCAGACUGUGGUGGCGGAACGACGGACGUGAACGUCUUGAAGGUGACCUCGGCAGCCAGGAAUCGGACGGAGUUGGAGCCACUGCACUGUAAUGAAGGCGAGGCUAUUGGUUCUACGUUGAUCGAUUUCAAGGCCGAGCGCAUGGUGAUAGAAAGAUUGAAGCUGAUACGGACAGAGGUCCAGCUCCGCGACAUCGAGCAGCUUGCACGAAGAAUGAUCGAGGACCGGUUCAUGACGUACAAGUGCUCAUUUGGAUCUGGGGCAAUGAUGGUACCGAAGCUACCUCUGCCGAUUCCAGAUAUUGCACCAGGUCAAGACUUUCGUCACGCAGGCAUCGAGAAUAGUAAUGUCGUGCUGACCAGCGGAGAUCUGAAACGCCUUUUCGAUGAACAGAUACAGCGCAUCUUCGAGCUCAUAGAUAGCCGACUCCGUACAUUGCAGACCGCAAACCCUGGAGAAGCUGUCAAAUACCUCGUUUUAUCUGGAGGCUUAGGUAGCUCGCCGUAUGUGCAGAAGAACAUCCGGGAUAGGUACGAGCGAGGCGGCGGUGCAGGCUUUACCAAUACGGCAGAUCUAUCCGUUUUGCUUGCAAGCGAGCCGCAGCUUGCUGUAGUUCAUGGUCUUGUGCUUGCCAGAAUACAAUCGCUAAGAGGCGGACCGGAAGUAUUAUCGACGCGCCGAAGUCCUGUGAGCUACGGUGUGCUCUGCCGUGAGCUGUAUGACCCUGAUAACCAUCAAGGCGAAGAUGUUGAGCUGGACCCAUACGAUAAGCGUCGCUACGCCGAGCGUCAGGUCAACUGGUUCAUCAAGCAAGGCCAGAUCAUUGAUGCCAACGACGGAGUGAACCAUCGCUUCCGCCAUAAGAUCCCUAUCGGCUACGAGCGCGAGCCAUGGCGUACACGUAUCGUCAUGUCGACGGUGCCCCGCACCCAGCUGCCACGGUCCAUGCGCCACGGGGCCGUGAAGCAAGUCUGUACAGUCGAGACUGUACUAGACGCCGGAGACAUGCAAGCCAAGAACAACAAGUGGUACCAUCUUCGCAAGCCGUACAACAUUGCGGAAUUUGACAUUAAACUCCUGAUCGGUACUGGCCUCCACUUCGAGAUUUGGGGCAAGGAGGGCAGGAAGAGCAAGAGCCACAGCGAGAUUGAAGUCGAUUGGGAGGCUCCUGACGGCCAAGACGAUCUCCAAGGCGAUGGCGUCCGUGAGCAUUCGGCCAUGUAUCCGGUGCGCUGA